AUGUAUAAAUAGCUCAAAGUCUUGGAUUUGUCUAGAAUUUUAGUUGGACCAUAUGCUACUAUGCUUCUAUCAGAUUUGGGUGCUUAGGUUAUAAAGGUCGAAUCUUUUGAAGGGGAUGAAACUAGGAAAUGGGGACCUCCAUUCUUUAAUAAUCAAAGCACUUACUUCUUGUCAAUCAAUAGAAGCAAGUAAUCAAUUUGUGUGGAUCUCAAGAAGGGAAGUUCGUUCAUCAAACAAUUAGCUCAAUAAUCUGAUGUGUUAGUCGAAAACUUCACUUCAGGAGUCAUGGAUCGAUUGGGUCUAGGUUAUGAUGAGUUAUCGAAAAUAAACCCAAGAUUAAUAUAUGCUUCAGUCAAUGGCUUUGGAUCGAAUAAUAAUCAGCCAGGAUUCGAUUACAUUAUGUAGGCAGAAACUGGUUUUAUGCACAUCACAGGGGAGAAGGAGAGAGAACCCAUGAAAGUUGGAGUUGCCAUUAUUGAUGUACUGACAGCCUUAAACCUCUGCAAUGGAAUUUAGGGAGCUUUAUACUAAAGAAUUGAGACAGAUAGGGGAUGUCAUAUUUAGACAUCUUUAUAUGAGAGUGCAAUAGCUAGUCUUGUGAAUGUGAGUGGAAUGUAUUUGAAUGGGUAAAAGGACAUGCAUAGAAUGGGGAAUCAACAUCCGUCAAUCUCACCUUAUGGGACUUUCAAAAUAAAAAACAAAUAUAUUGUGAUAGGAGUGGCUCAAGACAAUUAAUUCUAAUCUUUGUGUAAGAUUUUGAAUCUUAAUCAUUUAACAAGUGAUGAACAAUUCAAAGAGAACAAAGGUAGGGUUUAGAAUAGCGAGAAAUUAAAGAAAAUUAUAGAGGAGGCUUUGGAGAUUUGGGAUGUGGAAGAUUUAAUAGAGGUAAUGAAAAAGAAUAAGAUUCCAGUGGGGGAAGUUAAAUCAGUGGGACAAUGUUUGGAGAGUUCACAUACGAAGUAAUUGAAUAUGGUGAUGGAACUUGAGAAUGGAGAGAAAGCAAUUAGAAAUCCGCUUAGUUUUAGUAAUAUAAAUUUGGAUUAUCCAAAAUAGGCGCCUUAUUUGAAUGAACAUAGGGAUGAGAUUUGUAAGUAGUUUGGUAUCAGGAAUGUUGAUGAGUUAAUAGGGGAUGGAAUAUUGAAAUGA